AUGCUUUUUUUUGCUUUUACUGCAACAGGUAGUGCCAUAGGAAGUGAUGAGAUCAUAGCAGGGAACGUGAGCAAGUACACUGUUCUUCCAGCUGGUUAUUGUGGACAGCCUAAAAAAGGACAUCUUAUAUUUGAUGCCUGUUUUGAAAGUGGUAACCUUGGACGGGUGGACCAUAUCACAGAGUUUGAGUAUGACCUGUUUAUUAGACCAGAUACCUGUAACCCACGCUUUCGAGUUUGGUUCAACUUCACUGUUGAAAAUGUAAAAGAAUCACAGAGAGUAAUUUUCAAUGUUGUCAACUUCAGCAAAACAAAAAGCCUCUAUAGAGAUGGGAUGGCUCCAAUGGUGAAAUCCACAAGCAGACCAAAAUGGCAAAGAAUACCCUCUAAAAAUGUGUAUUACUAUCGCUGCCCAGACCACAGGAAGAACUAUGUCAUGUCAUUUGCUUUUUGCUUUGACCGAGAGGAUGACACUUAUCAAUUUGCUUACUGCUAUCCCUACACCUAUACUCGCCUUCAGCACUAUCUUGACAACCUACAAAGGAGGAACAUGGACUACUUUUGCAGAGAAUUGCUAGGACUCAGUGUGCAGAAACGGCAGCUUGACCUCCUGACAAUAACCAGCCCUGCAAACCUGCGUCCAGGGGCUGAACAGAAAGUGGUGUUCAUCACUGCACGAGUCCACCCUGGGGAAACACCAUCUUCCUUCGUGUGCCAAGGUAUAAUUGAUUUCCUUGUGAGCCAGCAUCCUAUUGCGAAAGUACUGAGAGAUCACCUGGUCUUCAAGAUUGCACCCAUGCUCAAUCCUGAUGGAGUAUACCUAGGAAAUUACAGGUGCUCCCUGAUGGGGUUUGAUUUAAACCGGCACUGGGGAAAUCCAUCUCCUUGGGCUCAUCCCACGCUGCAUGGAGUGAAACAGCUCAUCAUUGAGAUGUACAACAAUCCGAAGAUUAACCUGGAGUUCUAUAUUGACAUCCAUGCCCACUCCACCAUGAUGAAUGGCUUCAUGUAUGGGAACAUCUUUGAAGAUGAGGAAAGAUUUCAGCGACAGGCUGUUUUUCCCAAGUUACUCUGUCAGAAUGCCGAAGACUUCUCUUAUUCCAGUACAUCAUUCAACAGAGAUGCUGUGAAAGCAGGGACAGGCCGGCGUUUUCUUGGUGGGCUGUUAAAUGAUACAUCCUACUGCUACACUCUGGAAGUCUCAUUCUACAGCUACAUAUUGGAUAUGAAGCUGGGAAGAAAUGUGGCCAGGACAUUCUUGGAUUACUACAGGCUGAACUCCUUGGUGGAAAGACCACUAGCACCUACUCCUAAAACUCGGAAAGAAAAACUGCCGCUUUUUAAAUGCACUACCCAGCGGGGCCAAGGGAACAGCCAUGCUGGUGGCAAGCCAGAGAAGAGGAGCCAGGCGCAUCUGAAGGACCAGUCUCUCUCCAUGCGAUGA